GUGGGGUCCAAAGAAAAGCCCCACUCGUCCCAUUUAAUUUAAUCUCGAUGAAACUAACGAGAUUGUCCGGUCCAGGCGCAUCGAAGUGCUCGGACCAAUUGAUCGUACGACAAAGCAGUGCUGUCACUAGACCCUUGUCUAGUAGUCUCUUGAGGCCGCGCUCAGGCUUGCGCAAUCUCCUCGCAACAACCGCGGCAGUGAGCACAAGGUGGCUUUUAACGGAAACCCGCCACGGGUCUGCUUCCGGCCUAUUUAAGAUCCGAAUCGCCGAUUGUAAUGUCUUAAUUCUCGGAUUGUUCUGCCCUGUCGCUGAACCACUUGCUUCCCAUAUUGGCCGACCGCGAGAGAUGAGCAAUUCAUUUGGAGGUGUGGACACGGUGGACACCUCGUACUGCGGUGAUCGACUCCUUGGCGUCUCGAUCGCCAUCGCAGUUGUUCAGAUCGUUGUAGUCCCUGCCCGGUUUUAUACGCGGUAUAUCCAGCACGUUACGUGCACUCUUGAUGAUUACCUCAUUAUUCCUGCCUUGAUUGCAAGCCUGGGGCAAUCGGCGUUAUAUAUCGUAUUGCUCCAGGUCGCAGGACUGGGAUACCACUUUAAAUAUAUCCAACAAACGCCCGAAAAGCUAAUCGCUUUGCAAAAGGGUCUCCUCGCAAACCAAAUCCUAGACUUUCCAUUCACCGUCACCCCAGCAAAAUUGUCAAUUCUGCUCUUCUACCUCCGCAUCUUCGAAACCCGCUCUUUCAAGAUGCUAUCCUAUAUCGUCGGGUCCCUUGUGUUGUGUCACGGAACCGGCGUCUUCUUCGCUGCAAUCUUCCAGUGCUGGCCUAUACAGUACACGUGGGACAAGAAAAUCGUCGGGGGAUCGUGUUUCAACCAACAGGCAUUUUAUCGAUAUGUAUCGCUGCCGAACAUCUUGACCGACUUUGUGAUUCUGAUUAUGCCGAUGCCGCUUGUUUGGAAGUUGCAGACGAGGUUGACGCACAAGUUGGCACUCACUGGGGUUUUUCUUCUAGGAGGAUUGGGCCUAGUAACCAGCAUCCUGCGCAUGGUGAUCUUCUUUCAGGAGAGCGCAUUGACUGAUCCAACCUGGACCUCAGUUAACCUCGGCAUCUGGACCGUGCUCGAAGGAGGGAUCAUCAUUAUCGCGGCCUGUCUCCCCUCCAUAUGGCCGUUGAUUGUGCGGUUCCUCCCUAACAAGCUGAGGAGCAAGAACCGCGGUACUUCCGGGGCAGCUUGGGGGAAAACAUCCCCGGGGGCAAACCACCUGACCCCGAAACUGAAUGGAACUCUGGGCAGCAAGUUUUCUAGGCUUGUAGAGGGUGCGAGUAGAGGCGGGCGGAUGGAUGGGGCAAGUAACGAUGGAGAAGAGUCUAUGCACAGUCAAGCAAGAGUGAUGCGCGAUAAUAUUUCGCUGAGGAGCCUGAAUACGGAUCAAAAGGAGGGAGGGACUUGGAAAGAUGGGCCCGUUUAGAAAAUAUACUCGGCCUAAAUGUAGCGAAAAAGAUCAGUCAAAUGGCGGUCGCCGCGAUCCAUUGUUAUAUUGGUUCUUCCCUCAGUCCCUUUCCAAUUUAUCAAGGCACAAAUGUUAGAAAACAAAACCAAAAUAACUAGACUAAUCUAGG